GCUCACCUGUACCAUCACACAACCAACACCUAUCUGUUGUUGCAAGCAGUUCAGAUCCAGUCAGUGGUGCUGAAAUGGCGUCCCAACUGGUCGAGAGCCACCGUGCCGGCGCGGAGGUCGUGAAGGGGGACGAGGCUUGCAAGAAGAGAUCCAUCGAGUUCCUGGAAGAGCUCGGGCUCCCGAAGGGCCUCUUCCCGCUGCAGGACAUGGAGGAGUUUGGGUACAACCGCGAGAGCGGGUUCGCGUGGAUACUCCAGAAGAAGAAGAAAGAGCACACGUUCAAGAAGAUCAAGCAAACUGUCUCCUACGCCACAGAGGUGACCGCCUUCGUCGAAAAGGGAAAGAUCAAGAAGGUCACCGGGAUCAAGACCAAGGAGCUGUUCCUGUGGCUCAGUCUGGUCGAGGUCUAUCUUGACGAGUCCUGUGCUGACAAGGUCACCUUCAAGACUGGUACCGGUCUGUCUGACACCUUCGAUGCGGCGGCGUUAGAGAUCGGAGAAUAGGGAGCAUGGCGAUCGGGCGCCACAUAAAGACUGCUGUAGUCUGUCAGUAUAAUAAAACUAGCCUUGUUGUACCUUUCAGUUUGUAAGCCUUCGGCAAUGAAAUGAAUAAUUGCACUUAUUA